UACAUAUUAUUUUUGGUUUGAAGAAUAUCGUCGCAUUUAAGUAUAUUGUUUUCACCUUGGUUUUAAUGAAGCGUAAAUAUUGGGGAUCAAUAGAAGAUGGCAGUGACAAGAAAAAGGAGGUCGCCAGCAACGAAAUUAUACUUCCAAUGACAAAAAUGGAAAAGUUUCAGCAAAUCAAACUUCCGUACACAAUAACGCGAGAAAAACGCAUUCCAUUGAAAAAUCCUUUAGUAACACAAACCGUCGAGGUGAUGAAUCAAACGGAAAUGAUUCAAACUUUGAUUGAUACCUAUUCUACCAAGUCUGGACAUAGCUACAUCCUGAAUCCCUGUCAGCUAAUGCCGAAUAUAGAUUUCCCACCGGCCAAUACUGCGGAUUUAAAUAAAAACGAGAAAAUUCUGCGACCGCUAUGGUUUGCUAAUCCUCAUGAAAGCCGAUUCACACGGGGCGAACCGAGGAGUUAUCCUAAAUUGACAAAACCGGUGUUAAUACAAGCUCUUCGAAAAGUUACAUGUGGUCUCCUAAGGGUUACUGGUUUUUCCGAGAUAAACGAGUCUGCACUGAUCAUGAUGGUGGAUGGCAUAGACCAGUACAUGCGACUGCUUUGCGAAUCAAUGAGAGAUGUAUUAAUCAGUGAGACCCGUGAAGCAAAGUUUACUUUAGAUAUCCUUACGCUAGAAAAAGGCUAUUUCGCCGUCAGUAAACGGAGUUUAACUAACUUGCAUAACUACUACAAAGAAUUAGGCAAUAAGAAUAAAACUGAGAUUCGUGAAUUUAAAGAUAUUUUUCAGGAAUAUGACAAAUUGCUGCAAGAGAACCACCUGUCCGCAGCACAGAGCAUACAUCAGACAAGUAGCAAGCUAGAAACGGUCAAAGAGGAAGAAUACAUGAAAUAUCUUGAUGGCGCACAGCAGUUGCAGCAACAUUCUCACCUCGAAACGUCAAGUGCCGGCUCGUCGAUGGUAGAUACAGCUUCCGCAAUUAAUAUAAUAAAUUAUUUAAAUGGCGAAGGCAGUACUGGGACAGAUUAAACUGUUCUUUUGUUAAUUUAAACAUUACUGCUUUUAAUAUAGAAAUUAUUUUAUAAUAAAAAUCUUUUGCAGCUAAGUUAUAAUAUAACUAGAUUAUCAUCAAUUAGUUACUGCUACGCUGACUAUGCGGUAGGGAUAGAAAUUCCACGUCUCUUUGAACAAUUUCACGUAAUUCUUUUUGCAGCAGUUCAUGCAAGGAUAUGCCAUCAUGUUUAUACACCCAGCAUCCUUUGUUGAUGAUGGACU